GCGUGUAUCCAUGUCAAAGCAAUGUCAGACAACAACAACAUCAACAAAACGUGAACAACAACAACAAUAAACAAACAGCUUUCUUUACUUUCCACCUCUUUCUCCUACUCCUACACCCUUUCCUCAUUACUAGGAAUUACAUAUAAGUUGAUCGGCGAAGAGAGGACACAUGACAUUCUGGUGCAACGUUCAGAGGAGACAUCCAGAAGAGACAUCCACUGACCAAUAGUUCCGCCUUGACAAAAAGCUAAGUUUCCGGUCACCGUAGGACAUUUCCCAGCCUCCACCACUAAGGUGAAUUUGUAUUUGUAUAAACAAUGGAUUCCAACGCAUCUACCAGUGUAUUCAACGCAGGAGACCGAGUAUCUCUAUCUGAAGACAUAAAUACUGUAAAGUUGUUACAAGAAGGACAUGGCGGAUGGACUCCUUUUAUGGCAAACUUUAUAGGUCAAGUUGGCAUAGUUCAAGGACUUAAUAAUGUCGACGAUGUGAUUGUGAAAUUUGAAGAACUUGGUAACAAAUUAUGGCGCUUUAAUCCAAAAGCUCUCACAAAGAUCGACAAAUUUAACGUUGGAGAUGCAGUUAGGAUACUUGAUGAUACCGAAAAAGUUAAAAGAUAUCAGGUUAAUCAUGGUGGAUGGAUUUCUGAUAUGACAUCGGUAUUAGGCAAAAUUGGUACCAUAAAAAUUGCAUUCCCAGACGGUGAUUUGCUUGUGUCGGUGUCUGGUAAAAUAUUUUUAUUCAACCCUCUGUGCUGCACAAAAGUACCCCAAAGUAUGAAAGUUGGGGAAGAAGAUGAUGCUACAUCAUCAAUGAUGGAGAUGAUGGAACAGUUUUUUAAUGCGACACCUGACUUCAGAAGCUUGUUACAAUCCCUGCACGGAAUCGUGGAUGGUUCUGAAGGACAAGAUGAUCAAUUUCUCGUUGGUCAUACAGUGAAGAUAAUUGAAGACAUUCAAAAAGUUAAAAAGUUACAGGAAGGACAUGGCGGAUGGAAUGAUGAUAUGGUAUCGAUAUUAGGAAAAACCGCUAAGGUAAAGCUAGUGUUACCAACGGUGCUUUGCUUGUGUCAGUGUCUGGUAAAAUGUGUUCCCUCAACCCGAAGUGCUGUAGAAAGGUAUCGCAUAGUGUGGACGAUGAUGAUAGCGACUCUGAAUCAAUGGAUGACAUGCUACAAAAGCUCUUUAAUAUGAGAUUUGGUGUCACAGUUCUAGAUGGUUUCGUAAAGGAUGCUGCUAAAGGCCAUACACGAAAUGUUCGAGAAUUUAUCAAAAGUCAUCGAGAUGAAGUUGAUAAAAAAUGUUCUGGUAAAACAGCCUUACAAGUUGCUAGUUUUAAAGGCCACAAAGACAUCGUAUUGAUGCUUUUGGAGGCCGGAGCUAACAUAGAACUACAAGAUGACGACGGGGAUACGGCAUUGCAUUUCUCUGCGUUUGGUGAACAAACAGAAAUAAUGGAACUGCUUCUGUCAAAGGGAGCCAAAAUUGACGCCUUAAACAAGAAGAAGCAAAGUGCACUUCACAUAGCAGUGAACAAAGAGUCUAUCAAGUGCGUCCGGAUGUUAGUUAAGCAUUCAGCUCCGAUUAAUAUUCAGGUUAGUCAAUAUCCGCUAGUA